GGUUAACAACAAUGUUAUUGAGUCCAAAGCCAAUCAAGAAAAACAAAAUGCUGAGUUUUUAACUAUAUUAAAUAAGAUCCAAGACCAAAUACAAAAAAUCAAAAAUCCUCAAGCUUCUCAAAUUGAUUACAAUUCUGAGCUAGAUCGUAAAAAAAUCAAUGAGAACUUAGAAACCAUGGCUAAUGAUAUAAUUGGAUUAGUGGAUGAAUUUCUUGGUAAUAUUAUGGAGAAAGUAAAAG